AUGCCGUCCUCUCUCACCAACACAUCCUCCAACCGGCAGUCCUGGCCACCCACGCAGCUCCGUCUCGUCCGGGGCGGCUCCCACAAGAGCAUCGAGCCGCGUCCUCUCCUCGAGGACAUUGACGAGGAUCCCCUGACCUACUUCCUCACACCAAACCCUGACGACGACGAAGACGACGACGACGACGAGCUGCCGUUCGCCGACUUUGACGCCGGCAUCGAGGUAGCCGGCCGUCCCCGUCGCGACGACCUGGUCCGCAGCGUCAGCCCCUCUACGCUCGAUGGCCUCGGCAAGAUCCGCCGCGCCGCCGCGUCCCCCUCGGACUUUGACUCGGACGGUCUGACGUCCGACGACGACGACGGCGAGGACUACGUCCGCCUCUCGCCCUCGCCCUCCCCGCCACCGGUGCGCCAGGGCCUCGCCGUGCCGCCACCGCCGCAAGGUCGUCACAGCUUCACCGUCGGGAGCUACCCGUUCGGGCUCCGCUCGCGCAGCCCCGUCGCGCGGACGGCAUCGCCCCCGUUCCAGGUGUCAUCCUCGUUCCCGCCGCCGGGGUUCCGCGGGAGGCCCGCUGCAACUGCUCGCCGUGGUCGGUGGUCGGUGCCGGGCGCCGCGACGCAGCGCGUGGCGAGGCCGGGACAUCUCUGGCGCGAGCCGAGCGCGGACGUCUGGUCCAUCGAAGAGGAGACGGAGGAGGAGUUGACGAGGAGCGAGACGCGCGGGCGCUUCGCCGCCGCGAGGGCCGGGGCGACCAGGGGUCAGGGCGCGAAGCCGAUGAAGAGAGUUCGCUUCGUCCUCCCCAGCGAGCAGUAA